CGAAAUAUUAACUUGUUACCUCAAGAAAAAAAAGGUUGUUUCCUCUUAUAACUUAUAGCUAAUAUUUAACCUAUAAGACAACAGGAGAGCCACGCCAGCAUAGAUGAUAUCUUGACAGCAGUAGCUGAAAAUGUCAGAACCCCUCGCCAGCAGGGGGUGCUGCAGCGCUGCCUCCAGCGUCCCUGCGCCAUGGCCUCUUUAACCGUCACCUCGUCGGCCCGGAGCGUCGAGGAGCAUCGGAGGUCCUGCUCCCUGCGCUUCUACCGGGCCGUGCGGGACCUGAAGCCGGUCUGGAUGCUGGAGGACAUGCGGACAAUGGAGACGUUCUACUCGGAGGAGGACGCGCGACAGAGGAACUUCACCCCGUCGGAGGCGCUGCUCUACGCCAUCGUCCACGACCACCGGGAAUACGCGCGGUUCCUGCUCAGCCGGCACACGGAGGAGGCGCUGGCGAGGCCCGGGGAGCGCGUCUGCUGCUGCCCGCCGUCGCACCUGACCACGGCUGUGCGCUACGACCGGCGCUACAUCCUCGGCCUCAUCCUACAGGAGUCUCACCGGAUGCCCAGCUCGCCCUCCAACACGAACCGGGCCAGGUGUCUCCCGGCGGAGGGCGGCAGGACCCCCCUGCAUCUGGCCUGUGAGCUCCUGCGGCCGGAGGCGGUCGUCCUGCUGCUGGGGAACGGGGCGUCCCCGCACGCGCAGGACCAGAUCGGCUGGACCCCGCUGGACGUCGUGCUGGAGAAGCUCCGAGAGUCCGUGGAGGUGAACGAAGGGGAGAGGAGGCAGUGCCUGGACAACCUGCUCAUGUUCAUGCCGAAGGUGCACUUCAAACUGAAAGCGGCCCUGGGCAGAGAGCCGGGCCGCUGGGGCAAGGUGCUCGGCGAGGAGACGUACGAGUACCUGGCAGGACGGAGCCCGGCACCGCUGUUCCUCUGCGCCAUGCAGACGGUCCUGCAGCAGCUGAGCCCCGCCACCUUCCCGGACAGCCUGCACGGGCUGCCCAUCCCCUCCUCCCUCAAGCCGCGGCUGGUGUAGCGCUGUUGGACAGCAGGGACAGUUGGAAGGAACCAACAGCCAUAUUCCCAGGCAUGGAUCUGUCUCAGAGGAGCUGCUGAUUUAGAUUUUUAAUUUGAGUUGCAUCAACAGCAAUGUGAAAGACAGCAAUCUUAUAGAUCGUUUGAAGAGAGGGGACUUGAAAGAAAUAGGAAUCCAAGUGUUGAUCUCAUUUGGCCUUUUUUUGACCUUACAAUGCCAUUGGACACGUUUGUAGAUAAUUAUUCCUUCACAAUGAAUUAUUAAAGACAUAAAUAUUGGGGGUCAUACUUGGAAUUUGUCCACUCAACAGAUUGUUAUUAGUUUUCCUCUCCACUGGCAGCACAUGUACCUGGACUGAGAGCUAAGAGGUGGACCUUAAACGGAUGGUUCAGUGAUUUUGAAGUGGGGUUGUAUGACUUACCUAUGCAUAGUUAAUAUGUAACCUUAUGGAGAUGGUGAUCAGCGAUGUCAUUUGACGGAGUUUGGAGGAGAAGUGGAAGAAGCGUAAGUCCCAAGACUGUCGCGACCUGGCUCUUAAGGCCAUGAUGACAAAACAAACAACACACCAUUAAAACAAUGAAAUCCAAUUUAUUGGACAACUUCAACAACCCAAAGUCUUCACUAACUCGUCUAUGGAGUGUGUCUGUAUGUAGACGUUAUGUAGUGUGGUAAUCUCUCCCUCUUUUUAUUGGAAGUUCAGUCUGGGUCAUGCAACAGCAACAUGAUUCCACUCAUUCAUAAAUUAGUUUAUUAUUUGUGACCUUACUCUGUCCCUGAUGGGAUCCUGUAGAACAAUGACUCUGGUUUCCAGUGAUCUGAUUGGCCAUUAUUGGGGCUGUUGACAGGUUUUGAUCUCGUAUCUGGAACGUAACCUGCUCUGGAGCAGGCUAGCCGUUCAGCAUUGGUAACCAUGGUGAUUUAUCCCAGUAAGAAGAGAACUGGCUUCGUAGGACGGAAAGUUAAAGCUGAAGUUACCUGAAUAAACGCAAAUCCUGCUUCGUAAGAUGGGCCCUGGUCUGAAACCGAAAACCUGGAGGUCAGGUUCAAACUCAAGAGUUUCUUAACCCUGGGGUGUAUUCCAGACAACGGGUUUUGUCUUUUUUAUCUCCUCCCUUUUCCUGAACCUGAACCAGCUGAUGAACAAUGGCUUGUCCCCAGGGAUCAUCAAGGAGGAAUUCUUAUGUGACUGAUGUAGAAAUAAUUUAUUUAAUGAUGAUAUUAGAAAUGAUAUUUUGUUCAAUUUAUAUUCUAAUCUUUGACCAAUCAUUAAGCAGCUGACCAGAUCAUGUUAUUUUCACUUACAAGCUUAUAAGCAAUCUAAGAUCUAUCAUUUCAACCACAGAACUUGAAAUGCCAACACAUGCUUUCAUCUCAUCUCGCAUCGACUUCUGUAAUGCACUCUUCUCCUCACUCAAUGUAUCUGCUCCUGACCAACUUCAGGUCGUCCAAAAUGCCGCCGCACCUUUAAUCACUAGGUCAAACAGAUGAUCCCACAUCACCACUGUGCUCAAACCUCUUCACUGGCCCCCUGUCCCUUAGAAUCCACUUUACAAUCCUCACUCACCAAGCUGUACACGGCCGGGCCCCCUCAUAUAUCUGAAUUGCUUCACCCCUGUAGUCAAAUUCGCUCCCUCAGAUCAAACUUGAUAAACCUGCUUUCUGUUCCACACACAGGCCUUGUGGUGACCGAGCAUUUGAAUCAGUGGCACCUUAAUUAUGGAACACCCUGCCAGCCACCACGACCCCAUACCUUGUCAUCAUACUUUAAACCAUAUUUGGCAAAAUCACUGGAGUAUUAAGUACUUCCAACUGCAAGGGGUUCUCAAGGUAGAUAACUCCAUCAGUGACUGUUGAGAGAAAAGAAAAGGAAAUGGAAUAAAGACACAAACACUCACAGUUUAUGUAGCCCCCUCCUGGGGGGCGACUGGCCCAGGUGAGCUCCCUCCAGGGACGCACCCUCUCCCACCGGUCUCCCAGUGUUCUGGCUCAAAGCUGCUGGGCCUCUGUGAGAGGGGGGGGGGGGGGGGGUGGUGGCCUCUGCCCUCUUUCUAUAAACUGAAUUUAGGUCAAAUGUUAAUCUACAAAACAGAAUAUUUAAGGACAUUUGUGUGUUGGAGCAGCAUUCGGCUGGCGGUUACACAGCUACUACAAGUUGAAAAAAACACUGAUAUUUACUUUGUAAAUAUGUGAAAUGAUUAAAACUAUAUGCCUUA